AUGAACAUGUUGUCUGCUGCUAAAGUACGCAUUCAUGGCAUGCAAGAUGAGAAUUGGGUUAUCAAAGAUAAAAUUAAUCAAUAUCGUGGAUUAAUCAGACUAUAUGAAAGAGAUCGUAAGAUUCAUGAGGGUGAUUUGGCUAAGCAGAAAAAACGGUAUUGUCGCGAUAUACGACAAUUACGAAAAGAUAUCACGAAUAAACGUGAGGAACUUGAGGUAGCUGUUUAUGGAGACAAACAAUUUUUACGCAAUGCCUUCCAGGAGCACAGACGCUUGCAACUGACGUAUAUGAACAGCCAAGCUGACAAAGUGCUAGAGAGUAUUCACCAAGAAAAUUUCAAUAAGAGAAAACAGCUCGACAGAAUCAGAUACACUAAAAAGAGGAAAAUGGAAGAGUUUCGUCAAAUCCAACUUCAAUCGGCAGAGUUGAGGGACCGCCUUCUUUAUGAAAUCGGUGGAAAACUACCGGCUGAAAAAAAAGAACAGGCGGUCGCUAAUUACGUCCAACGGGCCAAUAUUAAGAAGAACGCUGCUUUGGCUAUAAAGGUCAUGUAUAAGAAAAUACUGGACAUUUUAAAAAAGGAUUCAUCAUACUUUACUGUAGUUUUAGAAGCUCUUAAACUAGACUGUCGAGCGCAAGGGAAAUGUCUAAUGGGAGCUACCGAAAUGGGACAGUUAGCUAUGGAAUAUUUAGAUGAUAGAAAGUUUGAGUUUAACAAAUUGGAAAAAGAAGUUAAAGCAAAUAUGAAGGAAAGGGAAAGAACAUUGAAAUUAGUGAGAAGAGAAGUAGCUUUCUUGACAGAUUCUUUUCCUAAUCUGAUAAGAAAAGAGGAGGCAACAAAUCUCGACGAUUUGUACGAAGACGCUGACGCGGUCAGCCAACACUCCGUCCACUGGGAGCUCGAAGAAGUGAUGGGGAUCUGCAAACGUUUGCAGAAGGCUACCUUGGUUUCGUCAUUUGAAAAAAUUCUAUUAAGACUAAAGGAGCAGAGAUACCAGACGGAGCGAUUGAUGACGCAAUUAACCCUCAACAGCAUGAAGCGAAAUGCUCUCAUAGAAGAUCGUAAACAUGCAAUAUUAAUGCUCGAUUCACUAAAAAAUGUAGGCCAGGAAAGAACCGCGGAAUACGUUAAGAAUAAAAAACGACUUCGGGCAGAAUUAGAUGUAGAAGAACGCGAAGAGAAAAAUAUAACGCAGUUACUCGACGAGAAAGGGCGUCUCACUAUUGAGAUGAAGACUUCCUUACAGCAAAUAAACCAGCUCCUUUCUAAUGUCGGUGUACCAAACGUGAACAGGCCUUUAACAUGUGCACCUUCAGCCCUUCAAUAUGCACUGGAUGAUAUGAUUCAACCAGUUCCGGAACUCGAAGCUGACUUCGAUAAACUUCUUUUGAACGCUCGUCAGAAGAUAAAUUUAUUAAUCCAGGCUGUAUCCAAAAUGGAAGUUAAUGACGAGGUUCGCGCAAACGCACGUCUCUUCUACCACAAUAUACUGGCACGAUUCAUGAAGGAUAAUUAUAAAGAAGAAGCGGUAGCGGAAGGAGGCUUAAUUGAAUUUGAGAUGGAGGAUCCUAAUGUACCCAGCCAUGCCAUCAUCAAACUGCGAAGCAAACAACUUGUAGAUGCACAAGUCAGUGAGUUCGAUGUACCUGAUAUUCCAGCAAAGAAGUAAAUUUAUUUUUUGACAUCAUUAUAUUUUUAAAUUAUUGACAUCAGUAAAAGCUUUUGGUCGAACAUA